AUGGUAAAUGGUGAGACUACACCACCCUUUAAUGCUGCAAAAGGGCUUAGACAAGGAGAUCCCAUCUCUCCUUACUUAUUUGCUAUAUAUAUGGAGUAUCUGAGUAGAUGCCUUGCUGAAGCAUCAGGACUGCAGGCAAACAUGAAUAAAAGCUCUAUAUAUUUUGGUGGUGCUGCUGUGCAAGAAAAACUGAAUAUACUCCAGCAAAGUGGUUUUGGAUGUGGUGAAUUUCCUUUCAAAUAUCUUGGUGUCCGUCUUUCCACCAAGAAACUGACUAUUAUGCAGUGGUUACCCCUUGUGAAUAAAAUUAUUGCUAGAAUCUCCUCCUGGACUGCUAAAAAGUUAUCAUAUGCAGGAAGAAUGCAACUGGUUCAAUCUGUGCUAUUUGGUAUUCAAGAAUACUGGUCUCAACUCUUCACCAUUCCUGCAAAAGCUCUCAAACUUAUUGAGUCAUACUGUAGAAGUUUCACUUGGUCAGGAUCUAAUACUAUUACUAAGAGAGAAUUGAUAGCAUGGGACAAAGUGUGUUUGCCUAAAUCAGUUGGAGGCAUGAACCUCAUUAACAUCAGGAUGUGGAACCAAGCUGCUAUUGCAAAAACCUGUUGGGAUCUUGCUCACAAAUCUGAUAAACUAUGGAUUAGAUGGAUCCACUCAUUUUACAUAAAAAUUAACAGUUCUUCACUGCAUCGAUUCCAAAGCAAGCCUCAUGGAUGGUCAAGAAGAUCCUUAAUGCUAGGCUGA